AAAGUUCAUUCAUUACUUGAAAUCCAUCAAGAAGAUAAAUGUUUAAACAAUCUGCUUCUCAGGAAGUUUUCUCCUGUACUUUUCUCGUUUAACUUAAGAGAUGGAUGCACCAAAAUGUCAUAAUUAACCAGUCAUGUGAUUGUUGUAUCAUGCCAAUACUAUCUGCAAUAUGUUUUUCCCUACAAAUGAAGUUCAAGAUUCUUCCUUCCUUCUCUUCUUUCUUGCAGUACAUAACUCUUAGAAACAAAAUUUUCCAUUCAAUUAAUCUAUCCUUUUCCUUUCAUUCUACCUUUUGAUGAUUACAAGUCUCUGAACUGGAUGAACUGCUACAAGUUGCAGAUUUGUUGUUUGCUACAUGUAUUUUGGUCAUUUACUUCCUAGUUCAAGCAUCUAGAACUUGUUCUCCCAAUCAUUGACUGUUGAUUCUGCUCCCCAACUGUAUGAGUUGCUUUACAUUAAAUGUCUUCCAGCCCCUACUACUAUCAUUCUUUGGUGGUGAAUGCCUCUCUUUUAUGAGCAUCUUUUGAUGUUACUGCCUCCAUGAUUGGGAAGAUCCAAUACCCCAUCUUAGAGGGUUAAAGUUGGCUUUCUGGAACUUGGCUUCAGUUGUAUGUUCUUGGUUUCAAACUGCUCAUUUUUCUUCAAGGAUGUAGAAAAGCUUAUAAACUAGCCUAGUGAGAUUAUUCAUGUCCUUCAGGAUGUCUUUUAUCUUUCCUCAUGCUUCACUUAAAUUAAUUAUAGACUGCACCAAGCUGUUUCCCAUGCCUUUGCUUUUGCUCCUAACUUUGACCAGUGGCCAUUGGUUCUUACUUUUAAAAGCUUCCCACUUUAUCUAUCUCCUGCUUACAAAUUCUUAUCCUAUGAAAGAAGAUGACAUCUGCUUACAAGUUCUUCAGAAAGUCCACUAAUUCAAUUUUCCACAUGUUCAAAUUUGACUUGUAGUAGCCAUAAAUGUAAUCCAUUCUACACAUGUUUUAUGUUUUCGGUCUUCUUCCUUCCCCCGUCUCUCUUUCCCUCCACAUCCGGACGUGUUCGUGCCUCGCCCGCCUUUCAUUAUUUAUAUGCAAUCAUAUUUGCAAAAGAUCCGCCCCUUCCACGACUCAACCCAUCAUAUGCAGCCACGGGCACGCACUGUCAUCGAACCUUCGAGAAGAGGAACCGAAUCGAAGCUUCUCGGUCUGAUCCAUCCACCGAAUCAUCCUUCGCCGUUGGAUCAUAUUCCACUUACUCCAUUACAAUUCCUCCUCUGCCCACCGAAACUAUUAGAAAGCUUCAAGAUCUUUCCCCCGUCGCCUUUCGAACUGUGAAGACUCGCGAGCGGCGUGCGAAGAUGACCCUUGCGGCGGAGCCGGCGGAGGGGCAGCAGCGGUCGCUGCCGACGCCAUUCCUGACAAAGACGUACCAGCUAGUGGACGACCCCGCGGUGGACGACGUGGUCUCGUGGAACGAGGACGGGUCGACGUUCGUCGUCUGGCGGCCGGCGGAGUUCGCGAGCGACCUCCUCCCUAAGUACUUCAAGCACAACAACUUCUCCAGCUUCGUCCGCCAACUCAACACCUAUGGAUUUCGGAAGAUCGUGCCGGAUCGAUGGGAGUUCGCCAACGAUUGCUUCAGGAGAGGCGAGAAGCGCCUGCUUCAAGACAUCCACCGCAGGAAGACCUCGACGGCGGCGCCACCGCUAGCGCCCGCCACGAUCCCGGGGACAGCGCACGUGCGACGGGCCAGAUCGUCGACGUACUCGGGCGAGGAGCAGGUGCUGUCAUCGAAUUCCUCCUCCGGGCCGCCGCCGCCGCACACGGCCACGACGCGUCCCCGCGGCGAGGCGGAGCUGGGGGAGGAGAACGCGUGGUUGAGGAAGGAGAACGAACGGCUCUCCCGCGAGGUGGCGCAGAUGAAGAAGCUAUGCAGGGAGAUCGCAACGCUAAUAUCAAGGCACGCGUCGGGCCGGCAGGAGCGCGGCGAAGGGGUGGAAGGCCAGGAGGCGGCCGCGCCGUUGCUAGAGCUGAUGCCACCUGGUCCCGCGGCGGAGGAAGUGGAAGAGGAGGAAGAAGCCACGAAGAGUGAGGUGCCUCCGUCGCCGCCGGGAGCAAGCCCGAAACUCUUCGGUGUGUCGAUCGGGGUGAAACGACCUCGGUUGGAGGACGGCGACGGCCCACCCGUAUCGCAGGAGGUAAAAACGGAGUCGGUCGAAUCCGCGUGGCCAAACCCGAAGGAUGUGUCGCCAGAACGCGUCGGCCGGCAGCCGUGGGUCAUCCACUGCCCCCGGCCGUCCCGGAAAGCAUGCAUCACGCCGGACCGGCCGAUCGACGACGGGGCGCGCACGUGACUGCGGGGCGACAUCACGUGUUUCUAACUGCACAUAAAAUAGUACUUAGUAAUAAUGAGAUAAAAUUUUUUAUCUAAUUUAGUAGGAUAUUUUGGAGUCUUGUAAUAUAUAUAUAUAUAUAUAUAUAUCUUGUUUGAACUCAGGGACGCGGUCAGCGAACGCGUGGGAGAGGUCUCAUCCCUUCAUCUAUCACGCGGUUUAGGGUUCGUACCAGAGGACGAUCCGCGUCAUCUUGGGUGCUGACAAGCUGGAUUUGACAUCCCAAUUGGUACUAAUUCAAACUUAAUUAACUUGCCCUCCUUUCCCUUCUUAAUCUUUAGGUUAAUCCUUAUUGAUCGAGUCUACCGGAGAAUUAUUCUUUACCUAGAAACGCUACUAUAAGAAAUCUUUAUAUUUACAAGUAGUGAAGAGUAAGAAUAAUGUUUUGAAUCAUUAUAAUUCAAUAUUAUACCAAUUUAACCCUCUUUAGAUAUGCGUCAGAUUCCAGUGUUAUAUUAGGUUUCUUCCUAUCAUAAAUCCCUCUCGAGUGAUGACCAAAGAAUAUUCUUGACCUUAUCAUCAAUUCUUUUUCCUUUUUGUAACCUCAUUGUCAUCGAAUUCAUAUCAUUUUUCUUUUUGUCGAACAUAGAAUGAAGAGUGUAGUUGCUUAGUAGCAAUCAAGUAAGGGUUGGUAGAAAUCCUGUGGCCCAUAUGAUGAUUCUCCUGUGGUGCUGCAUCCACAUUCAAUUGAUCUUUCUAACUUUAGAAACUUUGCAUGGUUAGGGUUAUCGACUCAUUGACCCAAUUAAUGGUUUGCUAUACUAAAUCUAUUCAUGAUGUGUGGGGAUGGGCAUGAAAUUUGGCGAUUAACAUUAAUAAUUUUAUACCUGUACAUUUUAUAAGCGUCAUGCCAAUGGACUACUCGAGCAGAGGUGAUGGUCACUCUUCUCGACCUUCAUUCCUCGGGCGAAGAUUGGGGUCAAGCUUGCUGACUCACGUGCCUCAAGAACAUUUCAUUUUGUCCCUUUCAUCGUGGCGAGUUUCUUUUGAUACAGGUUAAGUUUUUUUAACUCGUGCGCCUCGGACACAUUUUGUCUUGUAUCUCCCGUCAUAGCGAGUUUCUUCUUAUGCAAGUCAGAUUUUUUGCA